CUACUAAAAUGGUUUUAGUAGAGUUACAUCCCUUCGACUAUUUGUCAACAUAGAAAAUGGCGUACUGGUUUCACAGAAACCCAUUAAAAGCGACGAGCCCAGUUACAUUUGAGUUGGCUGGGGUAUCAACAAAUGAAGCAACAAGAAAAAUAUUUAGUGACUUGCGACUGAACAGAAACAAGCUUUUAGAGCUGUUGACAGACCCGAACCAUGACAAGGCGUCAGUUGAGAAGGUGUCAUGUGACUAUUUCGCUCUGCUGAUUGGUCUUAUUAAGCCAUUCGAAGAGGGAGAGAACAAGCUCAGACGAGCCGUCAAGUUCCGCUGGACACAAACACUUCUAGGAAAUACACCAAUAGAGGAGCAGGAUGUGUUCUUUGAGCUCGCUAACAUGGCCAUCAACCUGGCCCUUUGGUACACCAAACACUCUGCCAAGUUUGCGGCUCAGGAUGAGGUAAACAUGGAGGAAGCGAAGAAUGUCCACAAGUGUCUGAGGACAGCUGGAGGAAUUUUCAACUAUGUCAAAAAUGAACUGGUGCCACAGUUAUCCUCCAUGGACAGUUCAGGGGACACAUCAGCCAUAGAUACAGACUCACGGAUGCUCGACGCAUACAUUAACCAGUGUACUGCCGAAGCUCAGGAGGUGACGUUGGCACGAGCCAUAGAGUUGAAACACUCCCCGGGCCUCAUUGCUGCUCUCGCCAAUGAGACGGGCCAACUAUUCAGGAGGGCUGAUGAUGCACUGGCUAGUCUGGAUGCCAAACUUGUCGGCAAAUGGAGGAAAUAUUUUCAACUGAAGUCAGAUUUCUACAUUGCACACGCCCACUGCUAUAAUGCCGAAAGCCUACUGGCCCAGGACAAGUGUGGGGAGGCUAUUCGGGGUCUGCAGGAGGGUAUCUCCAGCUAUGACAAGUCUGCCGUCAUAUGCAAGGAUUACUCCAGCACCAAGGGACCUGGCACACAGGCAAAACCACUCAACCACAUCUUCUUCAGGCGUCUUGGACCAGUGAUGAAGAGAACUCUCGACAAAUGUGAAAGAGAAAAUGGACUCAUAUACCACCAGAAGGUAGCGUAUGACCCUCCGAUUCUUGAGCUGAAGGCCACAUAUGGCCUUGUAAGCCCCGAGGACUACAAACCUCCAGAGCUGAGUCCCCUGUGGUCCUUGGAGGUGUAUAAGAAGAUGGAUGCAAAGAUGGCUCCCAAACCGGGACCUCAGCUACCAGGUGAAAAAGAAGAGAAACCCAAAGACCUACCACCUGUGAAGGAAAAAGAGUUUCCAAUGUCAGACAAGGACCCCAAGAACAGCAGUGGCUGUGUACUGUCUUGAUCUGACCUUGGGUGAAUAAGGUCAAGGUCAUCUGAUACAGUGGUCAAGGUCACGAAGGUUGAAAGCUAUGUUUUCAACAGUGGACCAAAAAUUGAAAUAUUUGUUGUGAUAAGAUCUGCCCUGUUGCUUACUGGUCAAGUACCUUAAUCUGGCACUUUCUUGUUGCUUACUGGUCAGGUACCUAAAUCUGGCCACUUCUUGAGGUUUUUCUUCAACAUUAUUCUUAAAGUUGAAACAAUUUUAUGAAAAAUCAGCAUGAAUAUGCUUUGGUACUUCACUUACGUUUUCACCCAAGAAAAAAUUAAUCGUUUGAAAGUAAAUUUAUUUUAACGCAAAUGUAGCCAGGUAAAUUAAGGCAUUCUUCCUUUCAAGAUUACCUAAAAAUUGGUUUAUUUUAUGAGAUAGCAAUUUUAAUUAGAAUUUUCAAAUUGGAAAGCAACAAAAAGAGAAUUAGAUACAAACUUAUUGUAAGGGCUACAUGUAUGUAACAGAAUAUUGACAAACUGUUUCCAUGCCACAAACCCAACUUUGUGUACGCAUUGAGGAAGUCAUUUCCCCUUGUGAAAACUUUGACAACAUGUAAACAAAGUCUCAUUUAUGGUGAAUAGAUAUUGUUAGAGGGGUGAUUGAGUUUAUGUAUACACCUUUUGACACACUCAUUCUGAUGGGUUUAAAUUACUAAUUAAGGCUGCAGAAGAGCUCUAGCCAGGGUUUUAGUACCGGCCAGUUUAGGGUACUUGACCGGUAGAGAGAUUUCACAAUUCAGAACAAUGUUGAUUACUCUUUGUUUUUGAUAAUGACUGUUGUGUAAAUACUUGUAUUGUUAUUGAUGUAUUACAAUAUAUAUAUUACAUUAUUUAUUAAUUUCCAGCACAAGUAAUUAACUGUUAGUACAGUUAUGUUAUCAAAUGAUUAUUCAGAUUAUAUAGUCUAUAAUGGAAGAAUGAUUAUAAAAUUAAAUGAUGCAAGUUAAUCAUCAGCCUGGUCAACUGAAACUGUUAUUACACGUGACAUAUCUAAUUAUAGGUAAAAUUGAUUGCUAUAACUAUUUUUUAAAACUGAAACAUAUACUAACAAGUUGUUAUUGGUAAAGCAUCACAUAUGAACACGAACAUGAAACUAUGUAAACUUUGUGUCAUUUUUAAUAACGGGCUUUCGAUAUGUUUUCAACUAACGCAGUUCAAGCUCCAACUUUAUUUAUUGCUGGAAGUAUUUGUUUUAGCAGUAAAUAGCUGUUAGAAAUUGCUUCCAACAAGGAAUUCUGGUGAAAGUUCAAUGUCCUUCAUUUUUUAAAUGGUUUAUUUUAUUUUAAAGUGUUAUACUUUGUUUUUAUUUCAGUUUCAAUGUAACAUUUUAUAUUUCUAUGAGAGAGCUCAGUAGCAUAAAUUUACUUAAAGAUACAUUCUGCCAGAUUGGUUUCCAUGUGGGCUGUCUUUAGUUGGUGUUUGGGAGUUUUUACAUGCCAUACAUGUAUUCAUAUCAUUUAAUAAAACCAACUGAACCUUUUUAAUUGGAUUGCUUUUAGUGUUUCUAUUGUAACAGUGCAUGCAAAUUAUUAUGUAAUGGAAGGGUUUAAGCUAAAGAGUUGGUGGUAGCACCCUUCUGCCCUCAUGGAGACCAGCAUGGGCACUCUUCUGCCCUCAUGCAGACCAGCAUGGGCACCCUUCUGCCCUCAUGCAGACCAGCAUGGGCACCCUUCUGCCUUUAUAUAAAUAAAUGCUUAAGACUGUCUGAGUUCUUUUGUUUUGAUUGAAACUUAUAAUACCAUUAAAACACAUACACACUUAAAGGGGCUAGACACCAGAUGAUAAAAAAAUCGGCAAAUACAGUAUUUCCUCAGAAUUGUCAACAAGACCUUGUAGGAGGCCGAUGAUAAGUCACUUGACUUGGUUAAAAUAAUAAAAGCAACAAUUAUGUUGCUGUCCCAUCUGUUUCCCUAUUUAAAAAGGUGCAUAACAGUUUCCCAGUUUAAUUAUGAGUGCAGAUAAAUAUACCCAAGCUAUUUUUAAAUUACUGGGAUUUAUGUGGUAGACAUGUGUUGUAAAUUCUAAAUUGGAAAAAUGUGCAUUAACUGUGAAAGAUGCAUGUGUCGUAAGGGUUGUGAUACAUCAGUAAGUAAAAUUCAAUGCGUUGUACACAUGAUGUCAAUGUAAUGUAAGUUUUUGACAAUUUCCUUUUUCUCCUGCAAUAGUAUCAUCUGGCAUCUUGUCCCUUUAACAUAAUUGGGAGUUGAAACCUAAUAUUACUUUAAUUAAACACAAUUCCUAAUGUUUUCAUAAUGUUCUAGUUCUUUAUAGCCCCCAAUACAAUGUGCCCUUCUUACCCUCAGUACCCUGCCCCCUUCUCCAGUACCCUGCCCCCUUCUGCAGCACCCUGUCCUUCUUCUGCAGCACCCUGUCCUUCUGUAGCACCCUGUCCUUCUGCAGCACCCUGUCCUUCUUCUGUAGCACCCUGUCCUUCUGUAGCACCCUGUCCUUCUGCAGCACCCUGUCCUUCUUCUGUAGCACCCUGUCCUUCUGCAGCACCCUGUCCUUCUUCUGCAGCACCCUGUCCUUCUGUAGCACCCUGUCCCUCUUCUGCAGCACCCUGCCCCCAUUCUGCAGCACCCUACCCCCCCCCCCCUUCUGCAGCACCCUGCCCCCCCCCUUCUGCAGCACCCUGCCCCCUUCUGCAGCACCCUGUCCCCCUUCUGCAGCACCCUCCCCCCUUCUGUAGUACCCUGUCCCCCUUCUGCAGCACCCUGCCCCCCUUCUGCAGCACCAUGCCCCCUUCUGCAGCACCCUGCCCCCCUUCUGCAGCACCCUGUCCUUUCUAAAACCUAGCUAGUUAUGGUUAAAAGAUAUAUUUGUAUGUAUUUACCAAAAUGAAUUGUUGAAUGUGACUACGCAUAACCAUUUAUGUUGGUAAAUACAUACCGAUUGUAUUUACCUGUUUUAGCCUACAAGAUCAUUAUUUUCUCUACAACUUAGCCAAGCCUCUCUUUAAAUAUACAGUUUCACCGGAUUAAAAUUAAGUAUGGCUGAUUGCUGAUAUAACAAAAUAAAUAUAUGGCAGAUUUGAAAAAUACGGCGAUCCUAUUGGACAAUAUAUAAUUCCGAACACUUAUUAGAUAUAACAAUAUUAUUUUUUUAAUUGUUUCACAGACAAAUUAUUUUCUAUUCUCAUAAAUGUACUGUAAGUAUGAUUCAAUUUCAUCAAGAAUGUAAACCAUUUAAAUGGAGGUUGACAAACAUCAUACUAGUAUCUAGACAAAAACUGCUUACAGACAGCGCAUCAAAAUGUCAAACCGAACUCCCAGACAUGCAAGUAAUAACUUUGUUUAUUUUUUUUGUCACAUUUUCAAGGAUAUUAAAUUUAUUUGCAUCAACAUGUUCUUUGGAUAUGCGUAAAAAUAAAAUGAAAUAUUUCCAUGUACAAUGCUUCAUACCAACAAUAAAUACAUCAAACCAGUU